AUGGGUGAUGUUGGAGGACUGAGUUCGAACGGCGGCGUUUUGGUGGAGGAUGACCCUCUCAGCUCCUUUUCUGGGUCGCGUCGGAGGCAACCUGAUCCGGCUUCAAUUACAGAUGAGUGUUUUGUAGCGGCAGAGGAAGCGGCCGAGCAAGUGAUGAAUUGCAUACACCCAACUCUUGACUCAGAAGAGAAGAGAAAAGACGUAAUUGAUUACGUACAAAGGCUCAUCAAGCGUCAUCUCGACUGUGAGGCUUUUCCCUAUGGGUCUGUGCCGCUGAAGACAUACUUACCUGAUGGAGAUAUCGACUUGACUGCACUUAAAAGUCUUAAUGUUGAGGAAUCUUUGGCGCGCGACGUUCUUGGUAUUCUGCAAGGGGAGCAGCUGAAUGAAAAUGCAGAAUAUGAAGUGAAGGAUGCGCAGUUUAUAGAUGCCGAGGUGAAAAUUGUGAAAUGCCUUGUGCAGAACAUUGUGAUCGAUAUUUCCUUUAAUCAGUUGGGAGGACUUUCUACACUUUGUUUCCUUGAGCAGGUUGAUCGUCUUGUUGGGAAAAAUCAUCUCUUUAAACGUAGCAUUAUUUUGGUAAAAGCUUGGUGCUACUAUGAGAGCCGUAUUCUUGGUGCACACCAUGGUUUAAUAUCUACUUAUGCUUUGGAAACACUUGUCCUCUAUAUACUCCAUCUAUUUUAUUCAUCCCUGAAUGGCCCUCUAGCGGUACUCUAUAAAUUUUUGGAAUAUUUUAGCCAAUUUGACUGGGAGAACUACUGUGUAAGUUUGAAGGGGCCAGUUCGAAUAUCAUCACUUCCAGAUAUAGUGGUUAAUAUACCAGAAGAUGGACAGAAGGAUCUGAUGCUUAGUGAAGAAUUUUUAGAAAAAUGUAUAGGAAUGUUUUCAGGUUCAACUCGGAGUCUCGAGACAAUCCCAAAAGCAUUUCAGCCUAAAAAUCUUAAUAUAAUUGACCCGCUGAAGGAUAAUAAUAACCUUGGACGUAGUGUGCACAGAGGCAAUUUCUACCGUAUACGUAGUGCUUUCAAAUAUGGGGCUCGCAAGCUUGGUCAAGUUCUGUUGCAACCAAGAGAUAAAGUUGUGGAUGAGAUAUGUGAAUUCUUCUCAAAUACUCUUGCAAGACAUGGGCAAAAUCACACUAGUGUUAUCGAGCAUUCAGCCUUGGUAUUUGAAGAUGAAGAGUCUUUGACGGUGUCUUUAGAAUCCUCGACUGAAUUAUACUCAGAGGAUGAUGCGCUUCUAAAAUCAUCUGUCAGUGAUUUUGAGAAUGAUAGUCUAGGGGCUUCAGACAGAUCCACUUUGGAGUUCAGAAAUGAGCUAGAGAGAUGCUCGAUGAGAGACACUUUAGAGAUGGAAUCAGAAACAUGCUCCUCAGCUGAUGGACCCGCUUCAGGACACCACCUUGCAGGGGAUGCAUAUGACCUUGCAACAUCUAAUUCAACUUUGAGGAUUGAACGUAACACAUCAGAUUAUGCAUCAAGCAGCAAUAAUAGUGCAUCUCUCUUGGGGAAACAUUACCAGAAAUCCCAUUACUUCUCUUCCAAGUCAUCUGUAGAAAAUGGAAGCACGGCAAGUGGGAACUUUCACCAAGGUGACCUAUCAAAUAGUGCUCAUCAGAAGUUUGGGUUAACUUCAUGGUUGGAGAGCAGAGAGAAUCAUGUGGAAAUGAAUAAUACAUAUAGAUGGUGUAUGGAUAGUUCUAAGGUCGUCUAUAAAGUGGGUUCGGCUUCUUCUAGUCCCAAGGCAAGUAAUUUUGAAAAUGUAUCCGAGAGUUGUGGAGAAAUUGAUCUCUUGAGCAUAGCAGGAGAGUCAGACGUACCUUUGAACCCUUUGGCAGACCUCAGUGGUGAUUAUGACUGCCAAAUUAGGAAUUUACUCUAUGGUCAGUUAUGCAAUGGGAUUUAUUUGUCUGCUCCUUUACCCCACCCUCCUCCAUUGCCUUCUAGGAUUCAAAAUAUGGAGCCGUUGGAUAAUGCUUGGCAAUCAAUGCCACUCAACAGGAGUCAGUUUCCCCAAAUGAAUUCAAACAUGCUGUUUGCAGAACCACUUAUGGGUCUUGGUACUAAUACUGCCUUACACACUGCUGCUUUUGGUUCUGAAGGAAAACAGAAAGCACGAGGAAUAGGAACUUACUUUCCCAUUAUGAAUGGUUCUCCCAGGGAGAAUCCUUCACAUGCGAGGGGAAGGCAUAAGCCACUGGGAAAUCGCAAUCAGUUUCAGAAACACAAACGCGGCAAUGGAAAUGCAUUAAGUUCUGCUUCUUGGAAGUCGAAUUCUUUGGAAAACGGUACCUAUGAAAGCCCACCAAGAAGCAACAGAAUUCAAGGACAAGGAAAGUCUGAUGUAUGCUGCCAGUCUCCUCGUUUAGUGAAAGGUGAUAACCAUACAAAUGGUUUCCAAAAUGCUUCAUUUAAAAUCGAGUUUGGGUCUUUAGGGAGCCUGGCCGAAGAGGUGAUUUCGGGUUUAUCUUGUGCUUGGGACUCGACUCUAGGCAUCUCAACGGGAGGCCAGGAUUCAACAGCAGCGACGAAGCAAGAAAGGGUUACUGAGCUGUCACUCCUCCACCUCAAGAAUGAAGAUGAGUUUCCCCCUCUAUGCCAAUAA